AUGGCGAAUCCUCAGUGGGCCCAGAGAUACCAAGAUAAGACUGGGACAGGUCCGAGACUCUUCACCUCCCUUUUAACUGUUUAUUCCUUGUUCCUUGUAACACCAACUAGGGCCCACGGACCCCACCCUCAUGCUCCAGUACCUGUAAAAUGGGAAAUCAGAGCCACUGGAACAGGAACUAUAUAUGCUUCUCAUAUCCCCUCCCCUUUCGAAACCUCUAUAUCGUUACAGGUUGAUUUAUGCAAAAUCAACAUCCCAUUUAUAACGACUUCUCACCCACAGUCAUACUCCUGCAGGGGUAUCACUCACGAACGAAGCCUCGAAGGGACUCAAUUCUAUGCUUGUCCAGCUUCGUCACCUCCCCGUUGCAUAUCCCCGGGCGAAUAUAACUGUGCUGCUUGGGGCUGUGAGACGACAGCUUCUUGGAAACAAGAAGAUCCCCAUAUUUCCAUUUCAUUAUCUCACAACUCAUCCUGUCGAUUUAUUGGCACCUGCAAUCCCCUUAAGAUUUCCAUUACUAGUCCAGGCGCCCCUUUCUGGUCCAAAGGAAAAACCUGGGGCCUUCGCCUAUACCUAUCUGGUCCUGAUUUAGGCACUCAGAUUACCAUCCAGAAGAGUUUCAUUUCCAGACCGCUAACCCCUAUUGGCCCUAACCGAGACUUUGUCCUCCCAGCUCCAGCACUCCCCCCCAAGCCUACGGUAUUCUUACCCACCUCUUCCAUUCCUCUAUCCCCCAGCCUCACCUCCUUUCCCAUCCCAUCACUUUCUAUUCCUACACCCCCACCGCAGCCUCUUCUCCUUCAGAUGUUAGCGACCUUUCACGCUCUCCUCAACGCUUCAAACCCAGCUGACACCGCAGACUGCUGGUUAUGCUUUGACCCCAAACCUCCCUAUUAUAUUGGUAUUGGUGCUUCCAGCUCCUCUGCCUUACUUCUAGUACCUCAGGGCAACUGUUCUUGGACUUACCCUAGUCUCACCCUUAGAAAUCUUCUAGGCCAAGGGACCUGCAUAUACAGUACUUCUUAUCCUAUCUCUACUUCCCCUUAUGCUCCGCUUUGCAGUUCUACUAUCCUUAUAAUUAACUCCACAAUUUCUACACUUACUGGCCUCUCCACUUUCUUCCGAGCUCCGGAUUAUACUUGGUUCGCCUGCACGAAUGGCAUAACGAAAUGUCUUGACUUAUAUUCUCUCUCUCCUUCUAUCCGACCUCCCCUCUUCUGUUAUCUGGUUCAUAUCCUGCCUCAGGUCUCAUUCUACUCUGGGGAAGGUGGCCGUGAGCAUCUCAGCCUCCUCCAAACUCGCUACUGCUGGGCCACUCCUAUUCUCAUCCCCCUCCUUGUUACUGUCAGCAGAGCAGGCUCCACAGCCAUUGGCACUUCUUCCCUUGUCCUCCAGGAUCAGAAUUUUAAAUCUUUAAGUCACCAGGUUGCUCAGGACCUCGGGUACCUAGAAUAUUCUGUCUCCCGCUUAGCUAACCAGGUUGACUCCCUCGCUGAGGUUGUCCUCCAAAACCGUCGUGGUCUGGACCUCCUCUUCCUAAAACAAGGGGGUCUCUGUGUAGCCCUGGGAGAAACUUGUUGUUUCUAUGCCAACCAAUCUGGGAUUAUCCAUAACACCCUUGGUUCAGGACAAUCUUAA